AUGAGUACGACGAACAAAAGGUUUAGGAAUAUCAUUGUUGGUGCGAUUUUUGGUAUGGCAUUUACCAUGAUAACGCUGUAUUUUUUGAGGAUUUUGUUUGAGUAUCAGCAAAGAACUCACAAUUGCCAGGUAUUUUUUGAAUACUUUGAUAAGUUCAGAGAAGUCAAGAAUGGAGCGGAGAACAAGGAUGUGUUUGAUGCAAUUCAAUCAAUAAUUGGUGUUGAUGCAAGCAUUCUUGAAGGGAUGUACUCUGAGAGGAUGAUGAUAGCAGGAGAGGUUGACAACGUCAACAGUCUUGGAUGCAAGUACUUCAAGGAGGCCAUUGCAAAAGCAAAUCAGACCUUGUUUACUAGUCAAGAGCUGAAAAAGGUGAUGGAUGAUAUAAUGACAUUUGAGAAUGUGAAUGUUCUUAUUGCAAAGGAACUGAUGCUGAGACAAGAGAAAAAAUGUCAGAGCGAGGCAAUAAGUACCAAGAAGGUAGAUAAAGGUUCAGGCGAGCAGGAAAAUGAUGCUACGAAUAUUGAUAUACUCGUAAAGGCGUUUAUAUAUAUACUGGUAAAGGAAAAUUUGAAUACAAGCAUAUACCAAUCGUAUCUUGAUCAUAUUAAUAAUGACGACGAUGUUACUAAGAACCACAUUAGUAAGAUUAGCAUGAGCAAGGAUUUGCUAGCUAUUGAGAUUGCCAUCAAGGGAAGCAAUAGCGAUUCGCCAAUUAGCAUAUAUAACUUUAUGCGAAUUGUGAUGCUUGAGAUCAAUAAUCUUAUUCCUCGAAUUAUUUCGGAAUCUAAGUAA